AUGCGAAAUGCAAUCUGGGCCACUUACUACCAUAAAAUUUCAACUGACGAAGAACCUCAGCAUGAACACUGCCCAGAAGGAACAGAUUCUUGGUAUGAAUGGCGCAAACGUGAAAGGUGUCUGGGUUCCAAUACACAGAAUAAUAACGAAAGUUUUAAUUCAUCUGUAUGGAACACUGCACCAAAACGUAUAUUUUGUGGAAAAACAAUAUUAGAAAUUGCCGCGCAUACCGCAGCAUGUAUUUUUAAUGAAGGAUUCGAUCCUAUUUUAAAAAUAAUGGAGCUUAUGGGAAUCACAAUUGGACCAGAUGCCGUAAGAUUCGUGGAAACCCGUAACAAAGAACGGACGCAUAGCCAAACGCCGCGCCGCAGCACCGAAGCGUCCAAGGAGGGAAGAAUAGCACGCAGGGAAGCUAGAUCUGCUGCAUAA